CCAACCCUCGUUUCCGACUCGACGGUCUGCCAACUCGCUUUGCCUUGCAAGGCACGCUCUCUCGGCUCUCCGCUCUCUCGUGUGUGUGUGAGUUCUGCACUCGCUUUUAGUUUUCGCUGCCGCUUAGUCUGCUUUUUUCGUCUCAGCUGCUGCGCGCGUGUUGUUGUGUGAAUUGCGUUUGCUUCUGUAGCUGCCCCACAAAAACGAUAAAUUCGCGGCGAGCUCUCGCGGUUGAGUACGAACAAAGUGCCCUAGUGAUGAGCGCUGCCAGUGAGGAGAACGUGCUGCUGCUGCGGGCGGUGGAGAAGCAGCCGCCGCUUUACGAUCGCAACGAUGACAACUACAGGAAGCGCCUGCCGAGCGAGAAUUCCUGGGACAUGGUGGCCUCGGAAGUCGGGGAGUCGGUGGAAAAGUGCAAGCGACGCUGGCGUCAGCUGCGAAACGAUUAUACCCGUUGGUGCAACUCGGAUGCCCUUCGCCGUCGAAAUGGCCAGCGUCGAUUGGCCUAUCCGCUGGCCGAUGAGCUGCGCUUUUUGGACCGCCACCUCAACCUGGCCGAGGACGUUGUGAUGGACGACGAACGCAGCAUAUCGUCGGACAAGGACAGAGAUAGGGAUAGCAACCGCGAUAGCAACAGCAGGGAUCACCUCCAGCAGCAGCCUCAGAUAUCCUCAAAAGAACGCGCUGCCCCGGCAAGCAAGGCAGUCAAGGAGGCAAGGCCUAUCCGUCAGGUUCGAGAAGAGAAAUCUCCCAUAGAAGAGGAGGAAACUUUGGAAAAUCAAGAGGACGAGGCGCAAGCUGAAGAGGGACUAGAUGAGCCGGAAGAUCACGAGGAACCAGAGAAAGUUCCCGAACUGGACAGUUUUCUGCAGUCGGACAAUGAAGGCGACGAGUGCGUGGACGAAGAGCACCUAGAGGAGCUGGAAGGAUUCGAUUUCGACUUAGAGCCGUCGAUCCAGGAAAGGGAUGCGUCGCCCGAGAAGUCCCUCGAAACGGAUAACGCUGACUCCCCAGCCAGCCAGUCAGAGUUCUUUAUCAAACAAAGUAACGAUCCGCAUUUGCUGAUUAUUGGCAAGAAGAACUCGGCCGCUUCAGUUGGUGAUCCCGAGGGCGAAGACUCCAAUUCCGGGGAUCCCCUGGAGGGAGCCAUGGAGGAUAGUGGCGAUGAGUACGCCGGCUAUGAGGAGAAGAGAGGCGCGGGGGGCGACAACACCAUUUCUCCCCGACGCCGUCGAAUGCGCGCAGCUCGCGCUUCCAUAAGUUCCGCUGGCAUCAAGGAGUUGCCGAUUCAAAAGCCUGCCCAAGGACAGCGAAUCACUCGCUUGCAGCGCAGGAAAUCGAUGAGUGUGGCUGCUGUGCACAGUGUGAGGAGUGCCACAUCGCCGGUGAAGAUGACUCCAGUGCCCAGAUCCCAGCCGUACAACAAGCCAUCCUCUGGCCAAGUGCAGGUCAAGAAAGUGAGCCCGCGUGAUGACAUCUUUCCACGACCUACGGCGUCCGCCGGAAGCCAGAAUCAAAUGCAAUCUAAGACCAAACAGCAGCCGAAAUCGCUGAUCUUUCCAAAGAGGGAUGCCAUGAUCGCCAUUCCACAGGUACCCGCUCCACCGCAAAGGAGAUCAGCGGGCCGGCCGCCCAAGAAGCUUCAAUUGAUCCAGCGUGCGGUGGGUCCGCAGCCCAGACCUCAGUCGCCCGCUACCGCCAAAGUGAUGAAUAUUGCCAGGCCCAGCGGCUCCCCAGUAAACGGUAGCAGCUCCAGCACCAAUAAGAGCAGCACCGUUAGCAGCUCAAGCGGCAGCAACGCUGCCACCAUGACCAAAGUGACCACCUCCAGCAGCAGCCUCAAGACCCCUGAGAACAUCACCAUGAUGAGCUACAGUCCCAGCUCACCUAGCACUACCAGUUGUAGUGAGAAGACUGCUGGUAGUCCCAGUGCCUCUGCGACGGUGGUAACUGCCGUACCCACAACAAGCGCAGCUGCAGGAUCGUCUGUUUCCACGGUGCCGCCGUAUAUAACCGUCUUCAAACGCGCCGACCGGGGCAUUCAAACCGACAGCCCCAGCGUCUUUUCCGAUGAGCACUUCCUCGAAAUGAUCAAGCCCCAAAUGCGUGAGAUGAACUCCCGCCAAAAGAUGCACUUUAAGAAGAAAGUAUUCCAGGCGCUGAUGGAGACAUUUGAUGAUGCCACCGACUUUCCGACGGCCGGCGAAUUGCAGCACUUUAAUAUCAACACUCCCUCAGGAUUUGAGCACGUUUCGGAUCCGGAACUGCGGCUGGUCAGGGAGCUAGUUAGCAUGGUGAGCGCGGCCAAGGUGACUGUCAUUAGACCGCCAGUGGAUAGUGCACCUGCCCGCAGCCCAGUUGUGCCGGAUGCGCUGCGUGGACCGCGGACAAACGUACCGCGCCAUGUGAUCCAGAGAGUCUACAAGCCAGGCACUGGACUCGAAAUCGCCUCGAACAGCACAACCGGUCCGGGACAGGAGAAGAAGCUAUACAGGAUCCUGCAGAUGAGUGGCAAACCGAACGGCAAUCUAAGUGCCUCGCUGGAAAAUCUGCGUAAGGAGAGCGUGGACAGUAACCACAGUACGGUUAGAGUGGCCAACAACACCUCGAUGGUCAGUCCCAAGGGAGCUACUAUAGUGGCUGCAGUGAGACCACAGGGAUCUUCGAUCAACACUUUCUUUGGACCCACCAAUGGAGUGCAGCCUGUGAAGACCGGGCAGCCGCUAAAGGUGCGAGCCAUGUCCCGGCGGUAUUCCGUUUGCGGCAGCAGCAAUCCACCCAACGCCCAAGCCACUGGCCAAAGUCCUGCUAAUGGCAGUUCCUUGAACUCGAACCUAAGUCCCAUGGAGGCGGCUAUGCUGAAGCGGCGACUAUUGGCCCCUGCCCAGGGAAUGGUGCCACCUUCUCAGCGACCUCGCUACUCCGCCGUAGCUGCUAACCAAGUUACCGCCGUGGGCCACGGCAAUAGUUUGCUAGUGAGGAAGUCCAUGGGCAGUGUUCCCGGUAACCAGAAGCAAAUCUCACCCACCGCCAGAGCUUCGACGCCUCAGAAGACUCCGCAGAUUGCCAGUGUCCAAGGAUCGGCCUUUAAUGAUUUUGUCCAACCCAAGGCCGCUGCAGCUCCCUCUGCGUCAGGCGAUGCAAGCUCGCCAUCCUCCGCACUGAAGCGCAGCUUGGUCGUGGCCAAUGCGAAGACCUCCUUCCAGGACCUUCUUCAGCAGCCAAGUCAGCCGGUGCAGAGGAAAAAGAAAGAAGCCUCGGAGACAGCAGCCACCAUUGCAGCGGAUGAUUUCUCACUUGCCAGCCUGAAGCGAGAGCCAGUGGAUCACAUGGAUGAUCAAGACGACAUACUCGGCAUGUAAGGAUAAGCCAAGGAAAUCCCCGACGAUCGGAAAAAUAUAUGGAGAAUCUUAAAGAUUUAGCGCAGAUAAAAAACUUGAUCGACACACAAAUUGAAUAAUUGUUAAGAUAAACUAAAACACCUAUAAUGUUGCCUAAAACAUUUUUUUUACAAUUCCCUCUAAAUUUAAGAAUUAUGUUCCCAUUUCUGAUUUUGUUGCAGCAUAAAGUAAUCCUGACUACUGCGAAUUUUUGUUUAUAAUUUUAAAUGGGAAUAUAAUAAAAAGUUUUCAAGGCGUUCUGUUUUACAAUUUAUACGAAACAAAAUAUACAAAAUUAUGGAAAUAUUUCUAUUGUAGCCAUACACUUGUUUUUAAGAGAAUACGAAUCUAAAUUUCAUUUCACCAUUUGUAGUUAUAUAUGUAUAAUCAAUAAAUAUUGCCUUUUCAAAUUCAAAGAAAA